AUGCUUAGGCACUCGAGCUUCACUGUCCACGACAACUACAUCGUGGCAUUGUGCACCAUUUCUUCUGCACGUCCCGAGGACAAGCAAGAACGUAGCAAGUUUGCCCGAAGCGUCCUCGAAGGAAGCACUGUGGCCCUAAUAUCGCUCCUCGGCCUCGGUCUCGGCGGCUACGCAUAUUCCCUGUUCUACAAGCGCACCGUACGAAACAAGAUCGAGAAUGCUUUCGCGGCAGGCUACAGCUCACAAGAGCGGGUUGCGCUUGGGCGCAUCGCAUAUGGCGUAGGCCCUGAUCAGAUGCAGGAGAUUGUGGAGAAGGAAUACUGGGUGCCUAGAGCAGAGCAGGAAGUAGUGAACGACAUCGUCAAUGGUAAGACCAGAGGCAGAUAUCACUUGAUCAUCGGUGAGCGCGGCACAGGCAAGCGAGCUCUGCUACUCGAAGCUAUGCGUCGCGUGAACGGAGAUGGCAUUGCUAUGCUCGAAGCACACAAUGAUCUUGAAGUGUUUCGUACCAGGCUUGGAAAAGCCAUCGACUAUGAGUUCCAUGAGGAUUACAUUGGAGGCUUGUUCAGUAUCCGAGGUCCAAGAGACAGUACGCCCCUUCUAGACAUCGAGCGGGCGCUGAACCAGUUGGAGAAAGUCGCCUUGUCGAUGCGGAAGAGCCGUCACAAGCCACUUCUCAUGAUCAUCAACAACAUCCACUUGUUCAAGCCUGAUGAGGGAGGGAAACAUCUUCUUGAGAUCUUACAACAGCGAGCCGAAAUCUGGGCAAGCAAUGAGCUGGUGACCGUAGUCUUUACGUCGGAUGAACACUGGACAUUGGAACGUCUGAUACCGCAUGCAACCAACAUGCAUGUCCACAAUAUCAAGGACGUACGUAAGGACGUGGUACUCGACUCACUCAGGCGAUAUCGUGCCCGCUUCCACAACGAAGAUGUGCCACAGAGUAUACUAGACGAGGUCUUUGCGCAGGUUGGCGGGCGAUUGAUCUUCCUCAAUCAGGUCUCAAAGUCUCGCGACAUGCUCGACACAUGCAAGCAGAUCAAUCGAAGAGAAAAGUCAUGGUUUCUUAACCAAUGCUGGAUCUUGGGGGAUACGAUGGACGACGAUGUUGAAGAGCAACAGAAGUUCUGCGCUGCAGCCAUAAUCCUCGCCCGCGCCCUCGUCCUCCGCGAGCAAACCAUUCGCGAUCCCAACCAGUUCAUUCUCCCCGAAAUUCCCCUUCACGAAGCCCGCCAGAUCAUUACACGCGCUGACUUUGUACAACCAUUUGACCACAUCAACAUUGUGCACAUCGACGCCAAUGGCAUGGUGAGAGCAGACAGUGUCCCGAUGCAAAACGCUUUCCGCGACAUAUGUAGCCAGGAAGGGUUUGAAGAACACUUGAAGGCUACACUGAACAGACUGGAUGAGCUGGAGAGUCUGGCAAGGACGAGGGAAGUGGCGACGAGGGACCCUCCAGACAGGAGCGGGGGUAUCGUUCCAGUGCAGAUGUUUUGUGCGAAGUUAUAA